UUUGCUCGGACAAUAUAAGCGCGUCGUUGUCUCCUCACUAUCCCCAUCCGUCGUCCGGGUUCAGGCUUCAGGCACGGCGAAUCGCGGCUCUGACUCCACGCACUAUCGUAUCGGCUCAGGUUGGAGGGAUCGCCCACGUCUCUCUUGCACUGCAUCUCGUCCGUACCCACUUCGAAGAAUCGGAACAAGAGACACGGCGACUUUUCCGGCACGACCUGCAUUCUUUUGAUCAAGAGAAUGCACGCUAAUAGGAUCUCUUCGAACCCUUUGACUUAGCUUGCUCGGUUUGACGCUGACAUCGUGGCGAUCUGCCAGCAUGCCUUGAGCUUUUCGAUCUGUAUGCUCGGCUCUGUGCUAAUUCAGCACGAGACCUAGCACGAAUUCAUCCCACGUUCCAAGCUUCGGACGGUUGCUACUAUGAGAUCGAUCCACGUCGUAUAUCGUUUCUCCACGAGCAUCCGUACGACGCAUCUUUUCCGAAUCCGAGCUCUGCUCGCUUCCUAGUCCAGUUUAGCGAAUAGACUUGUCUCACUGCCUUGCAUGCAUCUAUCCCUGGAUCAUGGACCUGCACGAUAGCCUUACUCUGGGCAGAAUACACAAUCGUUCCUCGUUGGGAAGGCUUCAGCGUAUUCUCACAGUAGUCGCCAGCCAAGGAAUUAAUGCCAUACCUAGCGAACGUCGCCGCGCGUGGCGAGGGCUGGAUUCCUCCUUUGAAUCUUCUCCAUGUCUUCCCCCGCGGAUGUCUCUUGCUGUUCCUUGAUGUAACUGUGUUCAAACUCAAGAUUCGACGUAAAGCACUACCCCACAUAGGUUAAUUGUGCUCCGCAUGGCUGAAAACAUUGACCUUAGGAGUGCACAUGCAACUCUAAUGAGAUGUAACAGUCUUUGUUUCUCUGCUCUUGCAGAUGCUCCCAUUCAACGCAUGUCUGACGGUACUCGAACAAUAGUAAUGAUCUCGAUCACAAUGAACAGAUUCAAUGUUUCGUUGCACACAGCUUGCGGUGUCUUAGGAAAUAAGCCUCCACCAAAUGCGGUGGACAAGAAUGGUCAACAGGAAUCCAUAACCGGUAGAAUGCGCCGCUGUACGUUUACUGAGGUCCUGCAUGUGUGGCGACACGUCUCAAUUGAUAUGGGUUAUUCGAGAUAUGCGUUCUCGAUGAACGUGCAUUAGAUGUGCAAGAGACUGUAUUACCAAGGAACCCAAUGAAGUCAAAGGCUACAGUCAUAACAAAGGACUCGUAUGGCACACGGAAAGAAACUUUGACCGACCGUCGCCUUUUUGUCUGCAACACGUGGUAACACCGCCCAUUUGUUUCGAUAGUGAAUCCUUCCAAGCUUCUAUUAUCUACGGGAAAACUCCGAAUGGAAUCUGUGUCCCCCUGACGCCAGAGAGCUGCCACAAAAUAGUGCGUCUGC